UCACAAUGUAACUCACGGGCGUGCAAGCACACACGUACACCGUGAACCACGGUUUCUCUCAUCACGUUCCAUGUGGCAUGACGGAAAGCCACAAGUGAUAAACAUAUAUGGAUACAUAUUGAUGAACUUCUAAUCAGACACUUAUUCUUCGCGAAGUCUGCUACGAAGCAGCAAAGCAGCAACGGUCCUACCAAGAUGGCAACGGAAGUGGAUGCAGGCGAUAACGGGCUCACCCAGGAACAAUACGAUGAUCUCUGCAAACGCUUCAGUUACCUUUCUAGUUCCCACUGUUUGGCAUGGGGGGAUAUCAAAGAUGCACUGGAUUUGCUCCGCGUGCCUUUGGCUGGUCACGAACUCCGAGAGCUCACAGGCACCCCGCAACAAUGGCUUACUAUGGACGAAUUCGCUCAUCUGUAUUCCCGAGCCCGUGAUUUGAAAGACACCGCUAAAAAUAUUCGCAAAGCCCUCCUGCUAAAGACAGUGACGGACGUUAAGGCCUUCACUAGCGAUAAGGACGCCGAGGUUCGUCAUUCGGUCAGCAAAGCCGAGGAGGUUGGAUUCACCAAUUGGAUCAACAAGCGUCUCGCAGGUGAUCCCGAUCUGGUCGAAAUCCUACCGAUCGAUGUGGGCAAAGAUGGCGAACUUUACGAAAAAUGUAAAAAUGGUAUUCUUUUGUGUAAACUAAUCAAUGUGGCCAGUCCAAAUACAAUUGAUGAGCGCAGUAUCAACAAAGGUGCCACCUUGAAAAACGUGUUCAAUGUCAACGAAAACUUGACACUGGCAAUCAAUUCCGCCGCUGCGAUCGGUUGCUGUGUUGUAAAUAUGGGCCCGGACGAUGUGGAAAAAAAGAAACGUCAUAUCGUCUUGGGCUUGAUCUGGCAACUUAUCCGAAAGGGACUAGUGGAUACCAUCACCUUAACGCAACACAGUGAACUAAUUUGCCUGCUGAUGGAUGGGGAAUCACCGGAAGAUUUAUUACGUCUGAAGCCGGAACAGCUUUUGAUGCGCUGGGUGAACUAUCACUUAGCUCGUGCCGGAAUCGAUCGACGAAUGACCAAUUUCAAUGCAGAUCUACGAGACUCAGUAAUUUAUGCCUACCUACUCGAUCAGAUUUCUCCGAUGGAGAAGAAAAAUAAGCUAAGGAGUCCUGGUGAAGUUUUGGCUGGUAAUCACAAAGAACGAGCUAAUGCUGUUUUGAGUAAUGCUGAACUUCUCAAUGCCAGAGCUUUCCUGUCCCCUGAGGACAUAUAUGAAGCUAAUGAAGGAAGCAACCGUUUGCAUUUGGCCUUCUUGGCAAAUUUGUUCAACAUGUACCCGUCCUUGGACACACAGAGUGACUGGAAAAUUGUGGGCGAGACACUAGAAGAACGAACUUAUAGAAACUGGAUGAACUCCUUGGGAGUGCGACCAUUUGUCACAUUUUUGGACACUGACCUAAGCAACGGACUUGUGUUACUACAGCUAAUCGACUUGAUUCAGCCCGGUACUGUUGACUGGUCCAAAGUUGUAAACGUUUUUGACCCACUGAAGCGUCUUUUCCAGGAACAGGGAAACUGUAACAUGGUGAUUACAAGUGCGAAGAAAAUUAACAUAAUCUUUGUUAAUGUGAGUGGAGAGGACAUUCGUGAGCGGAACAAGAAACUCAUCCUUGGUGUAGUAUUCCAACUUAUGCAUGCCUACACGUACAAGUUACUGCAUGAAGCAACUGGUGAACAGCUGAUGCCUCGUGACGAUAAGGAUGUACUCAUCUGGGCAAACGACACGCUCACAGAGGCCAAAGCUAAGACUUUGAAUGGAUUCCGGGACCCCGCUUUGGCCACUGGUGUGCCCAUUUUACAGAUCUUGGAACAAAUCCGUCCGGGAUCAACCAACCGUGAUGUGUGGCUAAAUAGUAACACGGAUGAUUUUUCCAUGUGCACAUACGCGAUCUCCUGUUGCCGAAAAGCCGGGGCGCGCAUCUAUGCCCUACCGGAACAUCUGAAUAACUUGAACGGGAAGAUGAUUCAGGUGAUUUUGGUAUGCCUUCAAGCGUUGGAUUACAGCACCAAGCGACGCGCUGAGGAAGCGAAAAACAAGCUGCAGAAACGGACGAAGUUGUCAUGGCUCCGGUCCCCAGAGGAUGAGAAAUCAGAUUCCGAAUAAAAUGAACGGUGUUGCUCAUGGUUCUCCUCGUAACUAGCCGUAUCUAUGAGUCAGUUCCAGUCAGUUUCCUCCAGUCCAUCCGUUCCAUUUCCGUUUUAUUCUUAUCUCAUGCUGUGCUUGAAUUUUCCAUCUUUCCUUCUCACCAAACAAUUGGCUGAACGAGGCUGCUACGUUUCACACUGUGUAAGCUACUAGCUUGCCUACCUCUCAUCUUUUACAAUUCACCUGUGCUUUUCUAAGGUGACCUUUUGUCCUUUUGUUCCACUAAAGUAAUACGAAACUUCGUUACUAAUGUAUGCGUGUCGGUCAAGUACACUUCUAGCGACCUAGCGGACCUCCUGAAUAUGAUGGUGUGAAUUUUAUUAUCA